AUUAAUAAUUAAUAUUCAUUAAUGGUUAUUAAUAGGAAUGAUGAGGUCACAGAGACGUCACACGAGCACGAAACUGAAGAUGAAGCCCCACCCACAGACUCCAGUCCAUUCACAAGCCUCUCGAGUAAGAGCACAAUGGCCACUGCAAUAUCACUGCCUAAGCAAGAUGAAGAGGAAUGGACCAGCACUAAGAAAGAGAGUACUAGUACUAAUGUUAAUAGCGAGACUGAGGGGGAGAAGGGCAUAGAGAUCAGUGCUGAAGUACAUAUACCAUCUAAUGAGAGGCAGAACAGUACAACGUCCACUGCUCCCUUAUUAAGUGGCUCUCCUCCAGCUACUUCUGAUACUGAUGGCCCCUCCACUAAGGAAUCCCAGAGUACCAAUGGGCCAUUACGUGUAAUGGAAAAACUAGAAGAGGAAGAGGGCGUGUCAGCUAAACCGACCAAUCAGAUUGAGUCUAAUAGCGAAGACGGUGAAAAGUUAUUGGUAUCGGACACGAGACCAACAGAUAAUGAAAAUUAGUCAAACAACACUCUCUGAGCACUCAAUCAUAAACUAUUAUGUAAUAAUAAAAAAAUACAAUAAAAUAAAUAAAUAAUAAUAAUGAAGUACUAAUCAGUGUUAUUGUUGUUGUUGUUGUUAAAUGUUCUAGUGUGAAAGCAGUCAUUUUGUCAGAGAUACAGUAUGUUGUAGCAUUACUUGUUGCCUGCUCCACACUUUUUAAUAUCUUUAUCUUUCUCUGUCUUCGUGUUGUCAUGUCAGUACAUCAGUAAAAUUAUUGUUAAUUAUGGACAACUCAUUUUUGAACUGUCUCUCAUCCCUUCCUCUCUCUCUUUUUCAAUGGAUAAUUUUAACUUGUUUCUCUUCAUUAUAUAAUAA